UCGGCGAUCGGUACGGCGGCUGCCGUAGGCCAAGCCCGCCGUUCCGCGAAGCGGCUGGCAUGGAGGCCGAGGGGUGCAAGGAGGCGCGGGGCUGCGCGGAGCCGGCGGGCGCGCCCGUCUUCACCCUGCAGGAGGUGGCGAGGCGGAACUCGCGCCGCGAGUCCUGGCUGGUCAUCCACGGGCGGGUCUACGACGUUACCCGCUUCCUGGAGGAGCAUCCAGGUGGAGAAGAAGUUUUGCUUGAACAGGCUGGUAAAGACGCUACAGAAAGCUUUGAAGAUGUUGGGCAUUCCACAGAUGCCAGGGAAAUGCUCAAGCAGUACUAUGUAGGGGAGAUCCACCCGCAUGACCGUAAAAAUGAAGGUUCUCAGGACGCAAAUGUGACAUCCUCAGGCCAAGCAAGUUUCUGGUCAACAUGGCUAAUCCCCAUCUUCGGAGCGCUGGUCAUAGGUUUAAUGUAUCGAUAUUACAUGUUGGAUGGGAGAUCCUCUUGAACUGACCUUGCUGGAACCUUGGAAAGCCUGAAAGAGAGGGUGUGAGAGAGUGUGUAUGCAUGUACCAUGUGGAAUUCUGGUUUCUUUAACCUUCUAUGCUUUAGCUUUGAGUCUGUAAAAUGAUGUUGAUAUCCAUGGGACCAAGCUAAUACCAGAGUUAUCCUAACUCUGGGACAAACAGACCUUGUCUUACUUUUGCUUCACUCUGUGGCAGGGCAAGUGCAACUUCCUGUUACUCCUUCAUGUUUGUGUGUGGUCUCCCUCGCGUGUGUGUGCCCGCGCACACAAUCUCUCUCUCUCUCUCUUUCUCUCUCUCCGUAGUAAAACACAAAUAACUUUUUUCUUUCAAUGCCUUUUUGUUAAGCCAGACAGACAACGUGAAACAGCUGCUAGUGAGCCUGUGGAUUGCCUCAAUCUUUCACAUAGCAUUGUCAGAAAUAAACUGCAAGUUGUCUACAGUCCUUUUCUGGAAAGAUAUCCAGAGAUUCAGUACAACAGUAGCUUCCCCAGUGCAUGCAGGCAACACUAACUAGAGCAGCAGGAAUUUGUUAGCUUUGCUACCUCUUUCUGUAUGUGUCUGUUUUUAACGGUUAAACAAAUAUAAGUAUUUUAAAAGCGAUUCAGUUCACUUUGUAAUAUUUGUACUUGUCUCUUUAACAUGUGUAUUCUAUGAAACAAUUUAUACUUUGGAUCUUGGUUUGUUCGGUGCUUUUGUGCUGCAUGUGGUGAUACCAGAAACAGGAACUGACACGUGGCUUCUUGAAAUGGUGAUUUUCUUUCUUCCCAAACUCUUGGUCUGACACACAUAUUGGAAGCAAAACUCGUUCUUACUUACUGUGAAUCUAGACCAGAUGGGAGGAAAAAGAACCAAAUGCUGCAUUUUCUCCCAAAUGAAAAGGGGGGAAAAAUCCACUUGGGAUUUAUGCAUAAUGAUAUUUUUGUCUUGGAAUUAGAGUAAGAUGUUCUUCCUUUCCUCUAUUUUUGCUUACUGCGUAGUCGGCCUCUAACAAUGUAGAGAUGAUGUAAGGUGUGUUUCAAGCAUUGUAAGAUGUGAAUCUUUCCAGCCCUUCCAGCAUGUUAGUCUAUGGCUUCAGGAACUGGAGUGGCAAUGCUGGGAAAAGGGAACUCAUGUUCUGGUGCCUGAUGUCCUUCAGCAGUACUGUGUGACAUUGGUUCCUCAUUAAUUGCUUUAAGCUGGUCACCUUUUUUUGAAUUGCAGCAAAAAGGGAAGCCCUCUUUGUAAAAACCUCCUGAGGAAUACGUUUGUUUUCCUCACAUCUCUCUUCCAUGAAACUACUGUGCUCCCCAGGUUAUUUAGAACAAUUUCUUGAUGUUGUGGCAUUGCACUCUACCCUGUUAGAAACAAAGGCCAAUGAAGUGCACGGUCAUCAGGAAAGGAGAGCAUUGUUCAGGCUGCAUUAUUCUCUUUACUCUCCUGUAUGUGACAACUCAUCAUUCACUGUUUAGUAGAGGUGCAAAAGAGUUCCCUUAAAGGCCUUUCUUCCUGCAGGACUUUGCCAUAGAUUGUUUGGUCUCUUACGGUGAAUUGUCUGGCUAAUCUGCACAACCUAGGGAAACCCAAAGUUACCCACUUGCAAAACGGCUCUUGGGUAUCCUAUUGCAAGCUACAUUUGUCCUUCCUUCUGCCCUGAAUGGUUUGGUGGUCUAUGUUCUGUUUAUUCUAUCCUAAGAAGAGUUUAACAGAAGACUAUAAACUUGAGCCAAGGAAAAUCCAGUGGGAAAGAUCUGGAAAAUUCCAUUUAGCUACACUUUCAAAGGAUAAAGGUGAUAGGCCACUUAGUCAUAGAUUAAUACAGGUCUUAAAGUAGGCAAUAUGUCCUUCAACAUAAGUUUAUGGAAAAUAGAUCUAAUUAUACUAACAUGAUAUUUUUAUAUUCCAGAUCAGUUGAUAAUACAUUGAUGUGCUGCUUAGACUUCUGUAUGGCAUUUGACUUGAUACUGCAAGAUAUUUUGCCUGAUUUAACAAGAGCAGUACAAAAACCAGAGGGACAAAUAGAAGAUAAAAGUCUUUGACUUAAUUGUGAAAGGGGAACAGGCACUCAGCAAACAUGUUUCUAAUGAAUCCCAAGAACAAUCUGUGGUGUUUAAAACAUCUUAGCAACCUGGAAGAAGACAGCUCCUCCCUGGUAAAAUGGGCAGGCUGGGUGAUGGCCGCGUGGUGCAGAGGAUGAGUUACUGACAGAGUGGUAGGGAUCGCUGAUGAGUUAGAUGCAAAGUUGUGUAUGUACAAAUAAGUAGUGGAGGCUAAGCUCACAGGAUGCUGCGCUUAUCCUGGGGAGCAGUGACUCUGCAUGUGGUCUCAGCAUUGCAUCAGAUAAGUAGCAGAAUGUGACUUCAGGGGGUAGAGGUCUGAUACGUUCCUCUUGUGCAUUAAUGGGAAUGUUAAAUAGGACAGUCCUGCUAGUUUGUGUUCGGCACAGUGAAUGGAUUCUAUGACUGCUUUUUGUUUAAAAAAAUCCAGAGAAAAGCCAUGUAAAUGAUUACAAGCUUGGAAAACAUUAUUUAUGGUGAGAGACUUGAGCUCAGCAUGGCUUAUCAAAGGCAAGGUUGCAAAAUCACAACAUGGAAGUACUUGCACGUGGAACUGAAACUAUAAAAGGGCUUUUUGAGCUAAAAGAUGGUAGUUAAAAAAAAGUCCUGUAGUUCAAAGUUAGAGCUAGACCAGCUCAAACUGGAAAUAGGUACUUUUAUUCACAUACAUCAUUAGCAAUUUCCCAUGAGAACAGUUUAGUGAGGUUUGUACUGGAUUCUCCAUCAUCGGAAAGUUUCAAAGCUGGAAGGCAUAUAUUUUUCUGAAAGCAUCAUCUUAGUUGGGGUUAAUUCUGGGAAGUCUGGGGCCCUCAUACAGAAGUCACAUGAUCUGACUGUAGUAAUCUCAGAUUAGCUUGAGGAAAGGGACUUGCAGAAGUGCCUGAUAUGAUGAUGGAAAAGUGUCCACUUUCUCCAUAAGCAUUGCUUUUCACUGGGUUUUAACAUAUCUUUUUUUCAUACAGUUUUUCUGCAGCUCUCUGCAGUCAGUCUCAUUUUGGCUACUCUGAAUAACUUUUUGCCAUCAUCAGAUUUUGUGCUUUUGCUAUUUACCUUGGGAAAACUGGUUGUUUGUUCCCAUUUCUUAUGAUGCUGGGUUUUUGUUGUUAGUUUGCUUUUUUUUGCUGUUGUUUCCUGUUAACCAAUUAGCUGCCUGGGACAGACCUUCCAUCUUACCACAUGCUUUCUUGGUGCUUCUAAGAGCCCAGGGACAAAAGCCUUGUUCAAUGCCUUAUGGAAAUCUAAGCAGCCUCUGCCAAACUACUAUCCCUUAUCCAUGUGCUUGCUAACUCCUCCAGAGAACUCAGUGUCGGAUGUAUUGCAAAAGCAAUGCAGAAGCCUUCCCACUUCUCCGUUAGUCCCGUGCUUAGACUAGUUGCUGUCAGUUUGCCCAGUGCCGGUGUCAGUUUGGGGGGUCUGUAGCUCCUCCCUGGCACUCCCCGUCGAUGGGAAUGGUGUUCGGAUUGAAGGACAGGUGUGUAUGUGAUGGCCACGGGGCUAGUGGGAGCCUGGCGGGCUCAGGCCAGUACUUUCACAACACUGAACUAACUUGCCUGGUGCUUCCUCCGGUGAGAGUUAGGGGGGGAUCAUCCAGUUCCUUUCAUUCCUUUUGCUCUUGUGGUUCACUUAAUGAUGGGUCCAAUAAGCCAAAAAUUUUGAAUAAACAAAAGAGGCAUUAACAAACCUGUUUACCUAUUUUAUUUGAGGAUUAAAAAAGAAAGUUCCAAAUCUUUGUCCUUAUGCUGAACUUCUUGCACAGCAAAUGUGUGUUACCAGAUCUGCCAUACAAUACAGGCACUGUCUCAGCUUUCAUCCAUGCAAGAAAAGUAUUUUAGCGAAAUUAAAGCUGGGUGUGGAUGGCUUGCUUCCUUCAGGUGCUUUGGAAAAGGAAUCAAGUGAAAAACUGUAAACUCGAGCACAGAGGCAAAGACUUAUGUAACCAUAUCAAAGCUGCCUCAGGGACACCCAGCCUAGCUGGAGUGCUGUGUUGUACACCUCUGUGAACCCAAAUUUCUUGACAAUAUUGAAUGUAACUAUUAAUGGGUUUGAUGGCUAGUGAAGGAUGAGUAGAAGGUUCGAGUGUGUUCCUGUUUUUGUUGAAAUUAGCUGAUAAGGAAUAGCAAGGGAACAAGGUACAGAACUCCCUGAAGUCAAGGUUCAAACCUGGUAGUCUUGGAAACUGCCCCAAGGAGAGCGCUGGUUGUGGUAGAAAUAAUAUUUAAGCAAUUGUUUGGUUCUGAAACAGUAAUAACUGUACAGCGCAAUUUCUUGUGUGUGGAUGCCAUCCAUCCAGCGAAACGUACUGCAUUGUAUAUUUGCCACUUUAAAUAAAUGUGUACAACAAG